AAUGGGUAAAACUGUACCAGGUAAAAUCGUACCCAUUGAGAGUGAAAUUGUACCUGUUGAUAUGAGAAUAUUAAAAAUUGAAAUGAUGACCCUACAUAAACAGCUGUUUGCUAGAUAUUUAAUUGAAAUUUUUUAUGGAAACCUUGUAAACGUCGGUUCAAAGAAGAAUGGCGCAACUUGUCAGGCAUCUUCGGAACAUUUGCAACAAAAGGGGUUUACUUUCCUAUGCGAAAAUAGCUUGGAACCAGAAUGGAUAAAUGUAUUUGACUGGGCGGCAGAUUGCAAUGUUGGUAACUGCAUUUCAACAUGGAUCAUCAUUAAUUUUUUAAGACCAUACGAUAUCACAAAAAUAUGUAUUGCUCAAAGAACUUUAACUGCAAAUGUAAUCCUUAAAGCAGUAGAAAUUACAAUUGGAACCAACAAACCAAUUUAUAAACUAGACUUGAUUAACACCUGUCUCUUACUAGAAGAAGGAAUUGGUCUAGACUCCACUAGUAUAAAAUUAACAACAAAAGGUGCGGAAACCGGAAAUGUUGGCUCUAAUUCCAUUUCCGCUUAUGCAUAUGAUAAAGAUUCAAGCAAGCCUGAUGAAAGAUUAAUCAAUAUCGCUGAACUUGAACUUGGAGCUACAUGUACGCAUUCAAGUGCGUUUAAUUCUUAUGGUUGUACCGAAGCCAUUUCCAGACGGUAUACGGGAGAAUGGGCAUCACAGUGUCAUGGAGAUUCUUGUAUUGAUCAAUAUAUAGAGAUAACCUUUGCUUUUCCUGCUAUACCAAAAAUAAUAUGUCACAUGAAUAGGCAUGUCUUCCCUCGUGAUAACAAGAAAAUGAAAAUGGAAUGGAGUUCGGGUCAUGUUGAUAUUUUGGAGAAUAUGGAAAGAGGAGUGGUUUAUCGCUGUUACAACUAUACUCAUGAACCAACUAUUGAGCAUUCAGUUAAAGUUCUUAUGAAAGAAGAUUAUAAUGCUGGUGAUGUUGGACUGUCAUAUUUUAAAGUUUUUGCAAAAAAGACUGACAAAGACAUCUAUAGUAUUCAAUUUAUUACUGAUGUAGUCUAUCACCUACAAUCAAAUGUUAACAUGGUCAAAUUUAGGAUAAAAGGCGUUUCUACAGGACAAACUAAAGAUUGUUCAUCUUUAAUAAUUACUUUCAAGAACAAGGCUACAAAAUUAUUUUCAUUAAAACUAGAUACUUUGACUGAUAACAAUAUUGAAAAUUCUUCAAUUGAAAUAUUUGAACCUGAAUUAAAAACCAUUGAUUUUAUUAUACAAAAAUCAUUGAUAAAUUGUGUAGAAUGGAAUGAUUUUUGGUUUCAAAGUCAACAAGGACUAGUUAAAUUUGGUUUUGGUGAACAAUAUGUGAAUGUUCAUACCAAAAUUAUUAUGAAAAUUUGA